AUGUGUUCGAAUGCAGAUGAUUUAAAGCGAAGGGCAGAAUGGGAUGGUGCCGAUGGAACAUCACGACAAAAGUUAUUACUGGAAUUGCAAAAGUACAUUUCUCCGUCUAUUAUGGUACCUGAACAUCGUUUGGAAACAUUACUUGAACAAGCGACAGCAUUUCAACGUAUGUCCUGUGUAUAUCACAAUACGGAUGAAUAUAUAUCUCUAUAUUCGGAUCACGUUUGUGACAGAUCACAGUUCCCAUUGGUUACAACGCAUAUUUUUAGACAGCAUACCGAUGAAGUAUGGUAUGUUGUAUUUUCAAACAAUGGAAAAUAUUUGGCUUCGGCAUCUAAAGAUAAAACAGCGAUUAUUUGGAGUCUUGAGACUCUGGAGUUACUUCAUGUGUUAAAUGAACAUGCAGAUUUUGUGUCCUUUGUUUCAUGGUCUCCUAACGAUUCAAUGCUCUUGACAUGUGGUCAAGAUAAUGAAAUUAAGCUUUGGAAUGUGCAGACGGGUGAAUGUGUGACCACAUUGAAAAAACAUUCGGAACCUGUCACAGCGUGUGCAUGGCUUCCAGAUGGAAAAAGUUUUAUAUCAGGCAGUCAAGAUAAAAACACAUUUUUAUGGGGUCUUGACGGUACAAUAUUAUAUAAAUGGUAUGGACCACGCAUAGUAGACCUUACAGUGAACAAAGAAGGCACGAGGAUGGUGGCUAUUAGUACCGAAAAGAAGAUUCACAUAUACGACUUGGUCAGCAAAAUUGAAGAAGCUAUUCUUGAAGAGAAUGCCCAAGUUACAUCAGUAUGCUUAUCGAAUGACUGUAAAUAUGUAUUGAUGAAUUUAGCGUCACAGGAAAUUCAUUUGUGGGAUAUAGAUCAAAAACGACUUGUCCGCAAAUAUCAUGGACAAACCCAGGGUACAUAUAUUAUUCGUUCUUGCUUCGGCGGUAUUGAUCAAGGUUUCAUUGUUAGUGGAAGUGAAGAUUCGAAUAUUUACGUGUGGCAUCGAGAGCAUGCUGCUUUAAUCGAAGUAUUGUCGGGACAUAGCGGUACUGUUAAUAGUGUCAACUGGAGUCCAGUUAAUCCUUAUUUGUUUGCAUCAGCUGGCGACGAUCACACUAUACGAAUAUGGGGAACUGCGGAUGCCACUGAUCCGAAAGGAAAAAUGAAAACACCUUAA